AUGGCUGAUGAUUUUAUUAAAAUCAAUAAUGAAAAAUAAUCAGAAGAAUAAAAUGAAACAUCUGAGAUUAAUCAAUAAGAUUAGAAGGAAGAAGUUUAAGUUGAAAAGGACAAAAAUAAUAACCCAGAAGUUGAAAAUCCAAAGGAAAAAGAAUUUGUAUUAGAUUUAUGGGAAACAAUAGUCUAAGGAAAUUUUGAUAUAGUCUACAGUUAUGAGGGCAUCAUAGAUUACAAUUCCUUUAGUCAAUAAGGAUUUGCCAUUGUUCAUUAUUUAGCAACUUAAGGAUAGCUAGAUGGUUUAAAAUUGAUGAAAUAAAGAGGAGCUAAUCUGGAUUUAAUGACUUAAACAAAACAAAAUGCAUUGGCAAUUGCUUGUAAUUUUGGUUAUAUUGAUAUCGCAAAAUAUUUAAUUGACUAAGGUUGCUCUAUAGAUAACAGAAAUUUAUCAAAUAUGUCUCCUUUGACAUACGCAAUAAAGAAUAAAAAAUACGCCUUAAUAUUUUAUCUUCUAACUAAAGGAUAGUUUUAAAAUAUAUAAGAUUCAUCAGGAAAUUCCUUUGUUCAUUAUUCAGCCAUUGAAAAUGAUGUUUUUAUGCUUUAAUUUUAUCAUGCUUUUUAAUUAGAAUAUAAUCUGUUUGAUAAAUAAGGAUAAACUCCAUUAACGAAAGCAAUCAAUAGUUGCGCUAUUGAUAGUAUCAAAUUUUUAUUAAGAGAAAAUCCAAAGCUAAUCGAAUAUGCAAUUGAUUUAGAUGUAGUAAAAUCAAAUGAAAGAAUUAAACAAUUAAUAAAGUAUGCUAAAAUAUAAAAAAUGCUGGAGUCUAGUCAAAACUAUUAAAAAAUAAUAAUAUUUAUUUAAACCUAUCAAAAGUAUAUUUUGAUAGUGAGUUUGGUAUUAUUCAUAUUUUUUGAACUAAUUUUAUUUAUUAUUAGUGAAGUUUAGAAAACUUUGAAUGAUGGAUUUUUAGGGUUAAUGUUUGAUAUUGGUUUUAUAAUUGGAAUGUUAUAUUUGAUAUUUUAUGUGGUGUGGUUUAUGCUGAAAACUACGGAUAAUUAGAAUUAAGGAACUAAACUCAUCUAAAAAAGAAUGCCAGAGCUAAGCAGCUAAAACAGGGAAGCAUCUGAGGUUAAUGUUGUUAUAAAGGAGGAAGAAUAGAAAUAAAUAGAAAUAAAGCCGAUAUAAUAGAAAGAAACUUUAAGAUACCAACGAUUCUAAGCAGACGAAUAUAUGCCUUUAGCUGGGGUUAUGAAUGCUGGAUAAAUGUAGGAAGAGAAUGGGAAUGAAGAGGAGGAAGAAGAGAAUGAAGAUAUUAAUAAUAAUUAAGAAGAAGAGGGAUUAAAUGAAAAAUAGUAAUUCUUGAAGAAAUUUCAAAAAGAUAGCCGAUUGAAAUUUAAUCUAUAUCAAAAUGACAUGACUCCAUCGUUUUUAGAAGGAAUUACUCUAAAAGACUUUUUAUAGUUGAAUUAUAAGCCAGUUGAAGACUUAAUAGAUCAAAUGCAUACAAAACCUUCUUACUAUUUUAAAUUUGCUAAUAAAAUCAAUUAAUUCAAGCAAGAAAUAAAUUCUCUUUUGGAAAUUAAUGAUCCACUAUGGUAUAACGGAUUUACGAUAAUUCAUAUUGUUUACUUUUUAUUUGAGACAAAUAGGUUUAAAUUAUUGCACAGAAUAGAUUGGAAUAGAAUUUGCUUUACAUGUCUUUCAUAUAAACUACCAAGAACUUAUCAUUGUUCAAGUUGCAAUAUGUGUGUAAUUUAUUUGAGUUUAGAUUUAGGUUAAAGAUUAUCACUUCCAUUCUAAAUUUUUUGGUAAAUGCAUUAAUUCAACUAACCAUUUUUUUUAUUUUCUAUUUGUUCUUUCAUUUACAAUCUUGAUUGA